GAGCAUUCUCCGUUUGUACCAUUACAUUUAUUCGUUAAAUAUUCUCGCCAUGGCGCAACUUUGCAUACCCGGUCGAGAAAAAAAUCGCGCAUGCGCCAUUUUACCAUAGCAUUAUACCUGAAACUUGAGUUAGUCACUCCACAAACGAUCUCCGCGAAGUAAUCAUGUUGGACUUGACUAGCGAACCACGGAUAUCCAACGUUAUUUACGCUCGUGAUUUCGAAUAUAGCAUCCAGGUGAAUCGCUGGUUAAUGCAACCAAUCGGAGCGUGGCCGAGGCUUGCUAAGACAACCAGAACGCAGAGAUUAUUCGUUAGAUCGUUGAACUUUAUUUGCCAUUCGUUGAUUAUCUUCAUGAUCGUACCUUGUAUAUUGUAUAUUGCGUACGAAGCUGAAAACUCGAAGACGAGGAUGAAGGCCAUUGGUCCAGUUAGUCAUUGGCUGAUGGGAGAACUGAAUUAUUGUUGCCUCUUGUCGAGAAUCGACGAUAUCGUCCGUUGCAUAAAACAUGUGGAGCGCGACUGGCAGAUCGUCGAAAAUGAAAGCGAUCGUGAAUUGAUGUUAAAAAACGCGAAGGUCGGGCGUUUCAUCGCGCUCGUAGCUGCAUUGUGCAUGCACAGUGGCGUUCUAGCCUACACAGUGACUAAUGGCUUUAAGAAGAUGAUGUUUCAUCUGGGGAAUGACAGUUACUCCAUGUACCCGUUACCUUAUCCGUUUUACACGAAUUUGUUGGACGUUAGAUUCAGUCCAGCGAAUGAGAUCGUGCUCACCCUGCAGCUCCUUUCUGGGUUCGUCGUGACCUCUGUCACGGUGGGUGCUUGUGGCUUAGCAGCUGUCCUAACGAUGCAUGCAAGUGGUCAAUUGAACGUGGUGAUGGCCAGGUUGGACAAUUUGGUGAAUACGAAGGAGGAGGAGAAACAGGAAGAACAGAAAGUCGCUCAGAGGAAGCUUGGGAUUAUCGUUGAACAUCAUCUGCGAACAUUAAGUCUCAUGGCAUCUAUAGAGAAAGUUAUGAAUAUGAUAUGUCUCGUUGAGUUGGUGGGAUGUACGAUGAACAUGUGCAUGAUCAAAUAUUAUUUGCUCACGGAAAAAUCGAAGGAUGUAAUAAUCGCAUACGCUAUACUGUAUGCGUCCAUGGUAUUUAAUAUAUUUAUAUUCUGUUAUAUCGGGGAAAUAAUUACUGAACAGGGUGAAAGAGUUGGGAAAAAAGUUUAUAUGACUGAAUGGUACCGACUACCUCCCAAAACUGCUCUCGGUUUAGUGCUGGUUAUUUCAAGAUCGAGCAUGGUGGUCAAAAUUACUGCUGGAAAAUUCGUACAAAUAUCUAUCGCUACCUUUGGCGCCGUGUUUAAAACGUCUUUCGCAUACCUGAACAUGAUCCGCACAAUGAUGUAACCCCUUUAAAUUUAAACCAAGAAAGCUACACCGGUCCUAACGACGUCAUAUUGGUACCGUCGAUUGAUGUCGCCAGGAGUAAAUUAUUUUCGUUAAAUGAACAUUAGUAAAAUUUUUAAAUACUUUGAAUAUUAUAGUAAAUGUCGUUAGCAAUUGUACUUCCAUCGGAGCGAAGAAUUUUAUUGUACAUAUCCCCGAAUAGGCAGUGCCAGGAGUAUGACAUAAAAUUCGGC